AUGGCGGACGUGCAGUCGGAACUCGAGCUCGACGAAAACACCCGAAGACUAUAUUUAUCGAAGGUGAAUGAAAUUGUGGAAGAGCAUAUGAGGAGUGUCGAAGGGAACAAGCUCAAACCGUACGGCCUUAAAAGUGACAAGGGAGCUGGUAUCAGGAAUAACGGCAUAGAUGAACACGGCGCAGAUUUAGAUGAAAUAUUGAAUGCAGUUAAAGACCAUGUACUCCAUGAUGGUCUACAAAGUAACCAUAGCAACAAUUUUGCGUACUUGUGCCCUGGUGGAGUUUUUAGUUCGGCACUCGCCAGCUACUUGGCCGCCUACACCAAUCCUUAUGUCGGGUCUUUUGAAACGAAUCCUGCUGGGGUACGAAUGGAGCAUAUGGUAAUCGACUGGGUAGCAGGGAUGAUGGGUUUCCCAGCAGGCUAUGCAGGCAAUAUUACUCCCGGUGGAUCUAAUGCAACCCUUCUAGCCGUUACCGCCGCCAGAGAGAAUAUAAAUGUCCGAUGUGGUGAUUACAAUAGGUUGGUAGUGUACAUUACAGACUGGACACACCAGUGUUUCCGUAAAGCACUAUUUACUGCUGGAUUGAAGGAAACUGUUAUACGUAAAGUGCCCGUGGACGCUGAGUAUAGAAUGGAUGUAAAAAUACUAAAGGCACUAAUUGCACAGGACAUCGAGGAAGAGCUUAUCCCGUUUAUGAUUGGCAGUACCAUUGGAACUGCUGUCAUUGGAGCGGUUGACGCAAUUGGUAGAAUAGCGGAUGUCGCUAAUGAAUAUGGUAUCUGGCUACAUGUAGAUGCGGCGUAUGGAGGAUUUUUUGUUUUGGUGGAAGAACUGAAGGACUACUUUAAUGACGUAUGCAGAUGUGACUCGAUAAUUGUGGAUCCGCAUAAAUGUAUUACUACGACGUUGUUCAUGCCGUUUGGUUAUGGAAUUUUCAUCGUCAAGAAGGGAAAAAUUCUGCAGUCCUGUUUCCGCCAUGACAGCUUGUUUGUUACUACCAUGCAAGAUGAAGAAGAGUCCCCCGUUAACAUUUCAAUUGAGAGAACGAAACCAUUCAGGGCUCUGGGACUGUGGCUACCACUAAGACUGCAUGGUGUUGCAGCAUUCAGGCGUUGUUUGGAGGAAAAACUUUGCCUAGCACGAUAUAUGUACAGGAGUCUGAAAGAGAUACCAGGAUUCCGUGUCGGACCAUAUCCACAGCUAACCAUUGUAUUAUUCAAGUACGACACCGGAAAUGAAACCAGGAACAACGAUAUCAAUCGUGAAUUACAUAACGCAAUUUUGAAAGAUGGUCACUUUUAUAUUUCCUCGGCAAUUAUAGACAAUAAUUUUUUUCUUAGAACCUGUAUUCUAAAUUCUCGUUCACAUAGAAACGUUAUUGACGAGUUUUUGUCUACCCUCAAAAAAUUAACAACGUGUCUAUUACAAACACUCGGACCAUAA